UGUACGUUUCAAAGUGUACGUUACUUGUAACUUAUUACAGAUGGACAUUAUCCACGACCUCUUGUACACUAACCACAGUUAUUUUGCCCCCCAGAUUUGAUGAUUCAAGAGUCAACAUCUGUUUGUAUUGUUUUUAGCGGGAAAAGAAAAUCAGGCAAAGAUUAUACUGUUAAUCGUUUGGCUAAUCUACUUCAAUAUAGUCAUCUUUCUUACUUAAUAGUACGAAUUAGUGAACCCAUUAAAUCGUAUUUUGCCGAGCAUUAUGGAUUAAAUUUAUCUGAAUUACUAUCUUCGAACGAAUAUAAAGAAAACUAUCGAAAACAAAUGAUUGAUUGGAUGGAGCAAGAGAUCAAACAAGAUCCUUAUACGUUCACUCGGAAAUCAUUGCUUCAAAGUGUUGAACGAAAUGGUAUACCUCCUGAUAUUAUUAUUAUCUCAGAUGCUAGAAGGAUGAAUGAUGUUGAAUAUUUCAUCAAGACAUUCGGUAGAUCCAAAUGUUUGUUAAUACGUAUUGUCACACCGAUAGAAACUAGAAUCGAACGUGGUUGGUCAUAUGUUGAUGGAGUUGAUAAUGCUACGUCAGAGUGUGGAUUAGAUGAAUUUACUAAUUGGGAUUAUAUUGUAUCAAAUGAUGGAAAUGAAAACACAUUUGUAAAUCAUCUAAACGAUAUUGUUGCACGUAUUAAACAAAUGCGAAAAUCAACCGUCAUUAAUGAUCGUUUUUAAUGCCGUGUAAUCGUUUACGUUCUCUGUGAACACUACUCUUUCAAUAGGCGUUUUUUGAAACAAUGUUGAGACAUAUUUUCAAACUGAAUCACAAUUGAUGGCGUCUGUGUCUUGGACGAUGACCUUUCUGGCUACAAGUUUUGUACACUGUGUUUGAGAGAUUUAUUUGACUAGGAUAUACUUCUCGAAUAAUAUCUUCGAUCCCUAAUCUUUCCUAUUACCGCUAAUACUGCCACUAUCUCUACCACUAUGGUAUUUGAAUUAACAAUCCCAUUUCUGUGUCAAUGUGGUAUGGCAAAUGGAACUGAUAUAUGUACGUACCAAGUUCUACGUUGUUGCUGACUUGAGAGAAAGAUCUUGUUGGAUUAUUGGAAAUAUGGUACUGAUUUACUUCAGAAACUUGCAUUCAACUUAUGUUUAUAUUAAUUUGUUUAUAUGAGGUUGUUAUUGAAUGACUAAUGGGGUCUGACUUUAAAAACCUCAUGACUAAUAGCGCACACAAGGUGCACUAGAUAAUCAAUUCCCUCAUAUAAAUAAUCAUUUUUUCCGACUAAUAUCCUUUAUUAUUUUCAUAUUUUUUCAUCUCUGUAAACUUUCUCAUUUUAUACUAUUCAGACCGAAAUUUAAUUUCUUGUUUAUUUACUUCGUAUUUUGAACAAUAUCAGUCCAUCACAAAUUAUGGCUGGCUGAUCAUACAUACCACAUUUCCUAACCACUUCAAUUGACAAUGAUUUACAACCUUGUAAAUUUGAUCUCUAACCUUUAUUCUGUUAAUCAGUAGACUAACAGUUUAUGAAAUAAUACAGAAGUACAAUGCAUUAGUAGUA